AUGUUUAAAGGACUUCAUUUACUUACUCCAAUUGUCACAACUGGUGCGAUCAUAGCCAUACCCACAUCCAAUCAAAUGAUAUUCAAUGAAUCUACCAGAAAACGUAGUUUCUACGAGGACGAUGAAAAUGUUGUUCCAAUUCCAGGAACAGUUACUCCAGCACCUGCUACUGAAUUAGAAACUUUGGGAUCUAAUAGAAUCAUAGAUGGCAUUUCCGUGCGUUCUACACAAAGCACAGAAAACUUGUUCAAAUCAGUUAGAAAAUUCACUGAAUCAACCGUCGAUAGUUUAAAUUCUUGGGCUGAUCAAAAAUAUCAUCAGUAUAAUAAAACCGAAAGAUCGGUAACAGAUACCGUGAGCUCAUUACAUAGCAAAUCAGAAGAUCUUUUACCAAAUUCAUUAUAUAUUCUUGUUGCUGUUUUAUCUGGUACGAUAGCUGGAAGAACUCGUGGGGUUGUAGCAAAAAUUACCUUGCCAACUGUUUUUGGAUUGACUGCUUUCAAAUAUUUUUUGCCUCAAACAUUUAAUAACACUGCUGGAUUCUUUUGGAAAUUAGAAAAAGAAAAUGCCCCUCAAAUAGCCGCUCAACAAGAAUCUGCUUACAAUAGUGCUGUGGGUUUGGUUCAUUCAAUCGAGGAGACUACUGAAAGUGGGAAAAAGAGUAUCGAAAAUGGUACUAAAUCAUUGAAAAAAUCAAUUGCCAAUAUUACUGGUUUGAAUCUUGAUGAGGAAGUGUCCAAGAAAUAA